AGGCUGCCGCUGAUUCGCUGAUACUGCGCCGGUGAUUGGCCUGCCAUCCUGGCUGAUCGAUCAGGGGCGGCUGGCGGCUGUGUCCCCAAGACCCGCGCACAACACGCCAAGCGCGGCAGCACUAUUUUCCACCAUUUCCCUACACCCGCAAUUCUGUAAAACUAUCAUGGUACGUUUGUUUGACCUCUCCCAAGGAAUCCACACGCUGCUUGAGGCCGAGAAGGAGGCGUCGAAGAUUGUCUCCCAGGCGCGCGAGUACCGUGUCAAGAGGCUGAAGGACGCACGCACCGAGGCGGCCAAGGACAUCGCCGAGCUGCAGGCGCGCAAGAACGCCGAGCUGGCCGAGAUCCAGAAGCAGCACACCGACCAGUCGGCGCUCGAGGCCAAGAUCCAGCAGGAAACCAACCAGAAGCUGGAGGCGGUCCGCCAGCAGUUCGAGAAGAACAAGGCCGAGGCGGUUAGCAAGCUUGUCGAGGCUGUUUCUACUGUCGAGGCGUGAGCAGAACGCGCUUAAUAAAUAGCCCGCCGCAAUCAAUCAUCAUCCGCCCAAUUUCCACGCCCGAUGGCAGCUCGGCAGGCGCAGGCAAGCGUGCUGUGCGCAUUCCAGAGUGAAAUGAUUACGCGAUGAAUUUCUGGAAUUGACCUUGGGUUCGUCACCGAUAAUUCCGGGUUGUGCAAACCCGACCCCCAAAUAAAAUAAAAUUUUUUUCUC